CAGCCAGAAGGACACAUAAAAGAAGAACAUUGCAGCAGAGGCACAGAAGGAGACUGCGAGGAGCUAGGACAUACAUACACACACACACACACACAGACGCAAACACGCAGCAGCAGCAGCAGCAGCAGCAGCCAAAGCAGAACCCCCUCCCUUGGACACACCCUACUGGGGAUCACUGCUUCUCUUUUUUCUGUGCUAUCGCCCACGCCGCUCGGAGAGAAAUCACUCGCACAUCAUCAUCAUCCUGAAGAAAACCCCCUUUCUCCUCAUUCUCCGUCGGCAGAGGAAACCUACAAUCUCAAGGGCUGAGAAUCCCUGGCGAAGAUUUGUCCUUUUUUCCUUUUUUCUUUUUUUUUCUUUUCCUUUGGAAAUUUGAGGCUGUCUUUUUUUCCCAAAACGCCCCAUCCAAAAGGCCACACUGUAUUAAUACUCAAAACGAAUAAUAAUUGAAGCCUCCAUCUCAAGACCUGCCAAUCGAAGGACGUAGAUCACUAUCAUCUUUGUGCAUCAAGAAUGGUUACUAUAAUCAGCACCAUGGAAACUCAGGUGUCCAAUGGUCCAAGUGGAACCAGCCUACCGAACGGCCCAGUCAUCAGCACCAACGGUGCCACAGAUGACAGCAAGACCAACCUGAUCGUCAACUACCUGCCCCAGAACAUGACGCAGGAGGAGUUCAAGAGCCUGUUCGGCAGCAUCGGAGAGAUUGAGUCCUGCAAACUAGUCCGAGACAAGAUCACAGGCCAGAGUUUGGGUUAUGGAUUUGUGAACUAUGCAGAUCCCAACGACGCAGACAAAGCCAUCAACACGCUCAACGGCCUCAAACUCCAGACAAAAACUAUCAAGGUGUCAUACGCAAGGCCUAGCUCGGCCUCCAUUCGCGAUGCCAACCUGUACGUGAGCGGCCUCCCCAAGACCAUGAGCCAGAAAGACAUGGAGCAGCUCUUCUCCCAGUACGGACGCAUCAUCACCUCACGCAUCCUAGUAGACCAAGUCACAGCAGGCAUCUCGCGAGGAGUGGGCUUCAUCCGUUUUGACAAGCGGAACGAGGCCGAGGAAGCCAUCAAGGGACUGAACGGCCAGAAGCCGUUGGGCGCCUCUGAGCCCAUCACCGUCAAGUUCGCCAACAACCCCAGCCAGAAGACGGGCCAGGCGCUGCUCACCCAGCUCUACCAGACCGCCGCGCGCCGCUAUACUGGACCCCUGCACCACCAGACCCAGCGCUUCAGACUCGACAAUUUACUAAACGCCACCUACGGAGUCAAGAGUUCUCCUUCUCUCCUCCCCAGGUUCUCCCCGAUCACCAUCGACAGCAUGACCAGCCUGGCGGGCGUCAACCUCACCGGGCCCACCGGAGCCGGCUGGUGCAUCUUCGUCUACAACCUGUCGCCGGAGGCCGACGAGAGUGUGCUGUGGCAGCUGUUCGGACCGUUCGGUGCAGUCACCAAUGUCAAGGUCAUCCGCGACUUCACCACCAACAAAUGCAAGGGCUUCGGCUUCGUCACCAUGACCAACUACGACGAGGCGGCCAUGGCCAUCGCCAGUCUUAAUGGCUACCGCCUGGGCGACCGCGUGCUGCAGGUCUCCUUCAAGACCAGCAAGCAGCAUAAGGCCUAAAGGAGAGGAAGGAGAAGGAGGAGGGUGUUAGGGGCCUCUCGACGCUCCGAAGCCUGGGGGGGGAGAGCUGUUGAGCUCCCCAAAACGCUCAUUCUACAUGGGUCUGGACUGAGUCGCUCUCUCUUUCUCUGUAUCUCUCUCUGACACAAACACACUCACACAUACAUAGAUUUACACAGACGUCCAUACAUAAAACUUCUGUACACUCAUGUACAUACAUACACACACACACACAGAUACACACACACCACAGACACAUUUAGUCAGAGUUCUGAACAAAACCACAGGUAGAGUUUUUCUUUUGUCUUUACACAACAUGCUAGUCCCUCCCUACUUUUGCCUGGAUUGAAUUAGCGGUGGUGCAUAGGUGGUCUGG